AUGGACACAAUCAAGAAAGUCCUCCACCCAAAGGAGCCAACCCACCAAACACAUGACACCAACGAACCCGCCGCCUCACACCACAACCACCCAUCAUCAUCACUCCCUCCAGGUGCCCGCCCAGACCAGGAGACCCUAGACCGCCUAGGCAGCGAGCCCAACGUCACAGGCACCAACCGGCCCCCGCCCCACGAGGACUUCCCCUCGGCGCACACCGCAGGGGACCAGCCCAAGAUCAACCGCGGACACCACCACCCGCGCCAGCCCGUUGGCGCGACGGGUCCCCCAGCGGGCCACGGCGGAGCUGGGUCCGGCGCCGUGGGGGCAGAGUCGGGCGCACACGGCGUCAAGGCGCAGGCCGAGGAGGGCAACAACUUCCCGGGGACUAAUCCUCACCCUAACCAUUCGGCUUAG